AUGGCCGUUGUUCCUCGCCAAGUUGUCACGGAUCUGACUGUAUGCAUCUUCUCUCCAACAGUGACUGCCUCCACCUGCGAACUGGACCCGCAAAUAUGGCACCGCAUAGAGAAAGACCUCUACCUAUAUACAUCUCAGCAGAGUGCAUGGCUGUACGUAGCGCUAGCGAAUGAGGAAGAGCUUGCAGAGGAGGACUUCCUGGUCAUGGAUAUCAGAGUCGGCGAGCCACCUCCCAACCCUGGCUCAGGUCCCUCAUGGGAGAGUCGACCUGGCGGAAUCUGGGUGCUAAGGAGCAAGUUCUCUGGCACGAUUGAUCAGGCUGUGACAGAGGUGGACGUUCUCUUUGGUGUUGAUGCCGUCGACCCCCGACCACAAUGGGCUCUCAUGCCAUCGCCGCUCCAACUUAACGGUCAGCCUAAGGUACCGGUUGCAAGACUUAGCGUACUUUACGGCAGGGCGAAGCCGAGACCAGAUGCUGGGGCGGCUUUAAGAGUCAGGGAGGAUGGCAAAUUCAAGAUUGUUCAGAUCUCUGACACGCAUAUGGUCACUUGUGUCGGGAUAUGCAAAGAUGCUAUUGAUGCCCAUGGGAGAUAUCUCCCAGAGAGCGAGGCUGAUCCACUUACGGUUGACUUCAUUGGAAGGAUCUUGGAUGUCGAGAAACCAGACCUUGUGAUUCUCGCUGGAGACCAGUUGCACCACGACAUCCCCGACAGCAAAUCCGCCCUGUUUAAGGUGGUUACUCCUAUCAUCGAGCGUUCAAUCCCAUUCGCAGCCGUCUUUGGAAAUCAUGAUAGUGAAGGCAUACACACAUUAUCACGCACAGCACAGAUGUCAAUACUCCAGAAUCUCCCUUUUAGCCUCUGCGAGCCAGGCCCAGAGCAUGUUGAUGGCAUAGGCAACUUCUACCUUCAGGUCCUGGCUCCCGCGCCAUCACAACUCCCGUUAUCAACUUUAUAUUUCCUAGAUUCUCAUGGUCAAAUACCGAGCAAGAUACGCCAGCCCGAUUAUGACCCUAUAAAGCAGAGCCAAAUUGACUGGUUCACGGACACUUCCCAAGCGCAACGAAGCGCGCAUGAGAAGGACAGUAACGACAACCGCAUUCAUCUAUCCCUAGCUUUCUUACAUAUCCCUCUUCCCGAGUUCGGUGACCGCCAUCUGAGUAUACGCAACGGCCACCGGAGGGAACCGUCUGAAAGUCCGAGCUUCAAUUCUCAUCUCUACGACGCUUUGGUCAAAGCAGGCGUGUCAGCAUUAGGCUGUGGGCACGAUCAUGUGAAUGACUUUUGCGCGCUUCUGCCACAGCAAAAGCAGCAGAAUGGAGACAAAGCUCAGCCUCGCCUUUGGCUAUGCUAUGGGGGUGGCAGCGGGUUCGGGGGAUAUUGUUCGUAUGGCGGAAUCCGAUUUCACCGUCGAACGCGGGUUUGGGAACUCGAUACGAGUACCGGGAGCUUGAAGACUUGGAAGCGGGUCGAAUUUGCCACGGACAGAGUUGAUGCGCUGGUGCUAGUGGAACGUGGAGAGGUGGUUGAUCCUCCGGGGCGAUGA